AUGGACUCCAAGCAUCUACGCCCUCUGUCUACAGACCCCGAUGACGACUGGUCAGACAUCACUGAUAUGUCUCAGCGGCGGAGGCUUCAGAAUCGGGUAAAUCAGCAGGCAUCUCGACAGCGGAAGCUACAGCAUGAAGCCGCGGUUGGUAUCAAGCGGCGGGCUCGAGGUCGUCCUAGAGCUGCGUGCCAAACCAUAAAGACUCGUCUCUCUGAUCAACCAUCCGCGACACCCAACGGUAGCCAACUAAUGAUGCACUCUAGCAGUUACCAUAAUGUGAGAUCUGGGGCCUCACUAAACCGGGAAUCUGCCAAGUACCAUAAUCUUCUCGGCGAUCUCGCCGCCACAGUUCAUCAGGGUCUGGAGCACGGUGAUCCGGCAUCGGAUCUCCUCUUGAGCCUCACCAAGAUGAAUGUGUUGCGAGCUAUCAUGUCCAAUAUGUCUGCGCUGGGUAUAAGCUUCGACAUCAUACGCGAUGACCAUGCCGUUUCGUGCUUCAACAUCCCCGAACCAAGUUUGGGUAGCCAAAAUCUGCCCAUCAGCCUUCAACCAACUCAGCUGCAGACAUCUGUGGCACAUCAUCCCUGGACAGACCCAUUCCCUUUCCCGUCAUUACGCGAUGCUCUUAUACAGCACAACGGAGAAUUCGACGAGACUGAAUUCUGCAAUGAUGUCUUCGGGGUUAACGGAACAGAACCUGUUGGACUAAUUAUAUGGACUGAGCCAUGGGACCCAAAUGGUUGGGAGAUGACCGAGGUGUUGGCUCGCAAGUGGAAGUGGUUACUUCAAGGUUGCGUUGAACUGCAGGCGUCGACAACGUACUGGCGUUCUCUACGUGGAGAGCAUACACUUUUGGACAUUGACUAA